GCCUACACACUUAAUUUUCAUGUUAUUUUUAAAGGGAAUACAUGCUAUGUAAAACACAAGUACCUUAGAUCAAGCAAUAAGAUGACCACUAGGAUUGGGCAGUAUCCAUGUUUAAAUCACCGUGAAACCUUUCCAAAAUUUUCCCCCAGUGUACAGUUUUACUGCCAGGUGUUUAAAAGCUACACAAUAGAAGAAGCAGAUGGACCAAGCACUUGCUGACAUGUACGCGCAAGCACAGAGCGCACCCUGCAGACGUUUCAUUCAAUCCUUUUACAAAAUGCUUUGUGUGUAAAAAACAGAUGUUUAUCACAGAAGGAUAUAUAAAGUUGUAACAUUGUUUUCAUGCAGGUAAACUGAGUAACAUCAGGACAUGAGACCAAAAGCUUUGUCUGUUUUCUCUCUCUGCAUAAAAGCACACACUCUCUCUCUGUUUCCUCUGUUGUUUAGAGGUAAUAGAAGAAAUAAUAAUCCAAAACCAUUAUCAGACAGGAUGUAGGAAUGUUAAGAAAUGUUUUGUGUGCUUUAAACUGAUUAAGAUCGGCCGUAAAUAUUAUUUAUUUUUGUUGUUGUGAUUCAAUAGUUUGCUCUGUUUAGCGAUGGGCAAAGUUUGUAAAAGGUUACAGACUGCUUUAGCACCCAAAACAACUAACAAGUGCCUUUAACUUUAUCUAAAAGGGGUAGAGUUUAGGGAUGCAACGGUACUCUGUAAAAUAUUGACAAAACGUGUUAGCAUGGUAUGUAGAACAGAAGCCUGCCAUCUACUCCGCAUAAACAAUGGACAAAAACCUGAUGAGUCACAUCAGCAAGGACAUGGCAAUGUUGACUGACGAUGAACAAAAAAUGGCAGAACUCAUUGAAGUACUCAAACCAUGGAAAACUGUGACAACUCUCAUGAGCAGUAAAACAACCCCCACCACAUCAAUGAUCCUCCCUCUGAAAGAAAUGAUUUUCAAAUCCAUGGCACCAGGAGAUGAAGCAGCAGUCAAAGAGGCCAAAGCAGCCAUUGCACUGUACCUGGAACAAAGGUACACAGACCCUGAUCUUCAGAAGUACCCCCAAAACACCACAGCCUGGGACCCCAGGUUUAAAUCCCUGCCUUUCCUCAAUGAACCCUCCUUUGUCAGACUCUACAGGGAUCUUGCCACAGAAAUCCUGGAGCAUGAACCGCAGAGGCAAGCAUAGACAAGGCCAUCCACAGAGGGACAAGAGCCACCGUCCCUCCUCCAAAGAAGAAGACAUCCAUGGAAGAACUAUUUGGAGAGGUUUUCAAAACACAGGAACAGGUCAGGCCCCUAACCCAGAUAGUUGAGGAUGAAGUCACUUCAUACAGGUUAGCAGACUCCACUGAUGCUGAUGCUGAUCCUUUCAUGAGGUGGAAGAUAAAUUAGAGCAAGUUUCCCCAUGUCACGAAAGUCGCACAGCAUCACCUCUGUGUCCCAGGAACUUCUGUUGCAAGUGAGAGAAUUGCAAGUGAGACAUUGUCAAUGCAAACAGCUCUCGCCUUGCUGCAGAGAGUGUUGACAGGAUUAUCUUCUUACAAAAAAUCUCACAAUAGCAGAGGAAUAAAUAGCUGAUUCGCAUACUGGCUAAUUGAUAUUGCACUGUACAUCCUGAAUAUAGCCUGUAGUGAAGUAUUUUUAUGUUCAAUUUGUAAAGGAUAAAAGUGCCCUUUUUCUUUUGAAAUUGGUUAAUUCUCUUUUUAUACUACUGUAUAGUGUGUAUACCAGUAGUCAAGGCUAAGAUGCACUUUAACAUUUGAAAGUGUUUUUGUUUACAUUUUGUAUGUUUUAAUUUUUUAUACAUAUUUUAUACUGCUUUAUAGUGUAUACACAUAGUUAAGGCUAAGAGGCACUUUAACAUUAGACAGUGUUUUUUAUUUACAUUUUUGUAUGUUUUAAUUUUUUAUA